AUGGCAAACAAAUCGACCAUCCUAGUCACCGGCGCAAAUGGUUUCGUUGCAGCACAUAUUAUCGCUGACCUACUCUCCUCCGGAUACAACGUGGUUGGAACAGUGCGAUCACAAUCGUCUGCAGAGAAGGUCCUCGCGGCACAUAAAAGCUACAACAGAGAAGACCGUCUGCGUAUUUCCACGUUGAUUGUAGCGGAUAUUACCAUUCCAGGGGCCUUUGAUAAUGCGGUCAAAAUACCAGGCGUGGAUAGCAUCAUCCACACCGCGUCACCAUUCAAACUUGUCGUCGAGGACAAUGAAAGAGAUCUACUCAUUCCCGCCAUACAAGGCACAAAAUCGAUCUUAGAAAGUGCUGCAAAGAGCCCUCAGAUCAAGAAGGUCGUCAUUACUAGCUCAUUCGCAUCUAUUGUUGAUCUCUCACAAGGCUUACGCCCAGGAUACGUUUACAACGAGAAAGACUGGAACCCUGUGACGAUUGAAGAAGCAAAAAAAAGCGUUAGUGGUAGUUAUGCGUAUUGCGCCAGCAAAAAGCUAGCGGAGCAAGCGGCAUGGGACUUUGUCAAAGGUAAAAAGGAUGAGAUUUCGUUUAGCCUGACGACAAUUUGCCCGCCAAAAAUCUUUGGGCCUGCGAACACUAGCCCAUUACCGAAAGAACUGUCCUUAUUGGGCGUAUCGAUGAAGGAAAUAUACGAUCUCGUGAGUGGCGCGAAUAAGCAAGCCGUUCCGCCAACGCGCUUCUGGGGAUGGGUAGAUGUACGGGACGUGGCAAGAGCGCAUGUUAGGGCAUUGGAAGUAGCGGGAGCAGCCGGACAGCGGUUUCUCAUCACGGCAGGACGCUAUUCGUAUCAAGAGAUUGUGGAUUUGUUGUCAAACUCAGAAAGGAUUCCGAAAGAUGUUCUUGAAAAUACACUUCCUCGGGGUACGCCUGGUAAAGGAUAUGCUGGGGACUUUGUCUAUGAGGUGGAGAAUGAGAAGUCUAAGAAUGUGUUGGGAAUGAAGUAUCACAGCCUGGAGGAGUCUGUUGUUGAUGCGGCGUUACAAUUAAUUGCUGUUGAGGACCACCGAUUUGUAUGA